AUGUCUCGCCGCCAGCAGUGCUCGUAUCAGCAAAUCAAUGCCCGGGUAUCGCCUACACGCACGACAGACGGGACCAGGCCGACCGGGAUAACUUGGCUCCUGGAUUUCACUGAUCCAUCUGCCUUUGGAACCUCUGAAUCACUUGCAAGAGAGGUCUUUGUUGACAGUGAACUUUGCGACAUGCUAUGCCUCUCGAUGUUAGGCUGGCCGGAGCCGACAUUAGAGAACGAAGCCUCAUGUGUAGCUUCGCUACCAGAGCUUUUCCCCGGCACCACUAUGGAACUUUCAGAGGACUAUCCAUUGAAAACCAUAAGCUCACCAUUGCUCAGUAAGCAGGUCGAGGAGUUGGUUGUUCAACUAUCGAAGACGCAUCAAGUCAUGGUAUUACGUAACGCUACAAAUGUGCCGGACUUUGAUAUCUCUCUAGCAAAGUCCGUCUUUACCGUUCCUAAUCUCGAGUACUUUCUUGGCGUCUAUGCCUAUUCAAUCAGGUCAUAUCAUCCUAUUCUUCAUGUCCCGACCUUUCGCUAUGAGCAAGUUUCGCUCCCUCUUUUACUGGCUAUAUUCCUCUUAGGGGCCCUUUUUUCUGCACCUAUGGACCAUGCCGUCUCAGCCCGCCAUUUCUUCCACAUUUCGGAGGAGUUUAUCUUUGAUCACCCAAAUUUCAGACAGCUGCUCCUCGGAAGAAAUACUCCUAAAGACCCGACAAUCGAGUCUGUAGAGAUUCUGCAGGCUGCCUUGACUAUUCUCAUCAUCCAGAGUGGCAUAAACGAUCAGUUAACUCGUCGUCGAAUUCGAGUGGAGAAGAAUCCCCUUUUAAGUGCUGCGGUCCGAUUGUCUGGCGUUCUCCGGAUCAAGCAUCGAAUCUCCAUAACUGAUUACACUGCCAAGGAUUGGACCCUAUUUAUUCAAUACGAAACCUGCAUCCGGUAA